UAGGCUAACCAUUACAGCAAAGCAAAACAACUGCUCUGUAUCUGCAAGAGACUAUCUGUAAGACAUCAGCAGUUAAAAUGAUGAGAAGCGAUACAGUGAUCAUUCUGUUCGCUUUUCUCAUUUUUGGGAUGUUAUGUCACACUGAUGCAGUGAUGUCAGUAUCAGUGCUGGAGGGAGAUCCUCACUUUCUAAGCACUGAUGUUUGUAAACAACAGCAUGACACAAUGCGCUGGUAUUUUAAUGACAUUCUCAUAGCUCUGAUCAAUAAUCCCAUCACGAGCUGUUUAUAUGAUGGUCCUGACGGGAGAUUCAGAGACAGACUGGAGGUGGACUAUGAGACUGGAUCUCUGAACAUCACAAACAUCACAACUCAACACACUGGACGUUAUGAAGCAGAGAUCAUCAGAAGUGAGAGUUCAGGGAAAAGUGAAAGCUUGAACAGAAACCCCAAGUGUAACAGCACAAAAAUUUACAGAAAAAACAUUAACCCUGAAGACAUCAUAAAAUCAUUCAGUCUGACUGUCACUGCUUCUGAUUUUGGCAAGAACAAGAAUGAAGCCCAAAUAGUACCAGAGGACGAAGAGAAGAAGAUAUAUUCAGGUCUGUCUUCAGCUGCUGUAGCAGGAAUUGUUGUUGGUGUUAUUGCUGUUCUGCUGCUGCUGACUGUUGUAGCUGCUGCUGGUGUGAGCUACUAUCGCCGCAGGAGCUCCAGAAAUACAGUCAAGGAGAAAAACUACAAUAAAGAAUUACUGCAAAACAAUGAGGAGGUCCCAAAAGUGUGAUUAUAAAACAAGAAAAAAC